GGCGGGCGGCGCGGGGCGGUCCGGCGGGUUCAAAGAGGAAAACAUGGCGGAAAACAAAGGCGGCGGCGAGGCUGAGAGCGGCGGCGGGGGCAGCGGUAGCGCGCCGGUAACUGCCGGGGCCGCCGGGCCCGCGGCGCAGGAGGCGGAGCCGCCUCUCGCCGCGGUGCUGGUAGAGGAGGAGGAGGAGGAAGGCGGCAGGGCGGGCGCGGAGAGCGGCGCGGCCGGGCCCGACGACGGGGGGGUGUCCGCGGCCUCCUCCGGCUCGGCCCCGGCUGCCUCAGUCCCUGCGGCCUCAGUGGGCCCCGGAGUCCCCGGGGGGGCGGUAUCGACUCCGGCCCCAGCUCCAGCCUCGGCUCCCGCUCCGGGUCCGUCGGCGGGGCCGCCUCCUGGACCGCCAGCCUCGCUCCUGGACACCUGCGCCGUGUGUCAGCAGAGCUUGCAGAGCCGGCGUGAGGCGGAGCCCAAGCUGCUGCCCUGCCUUCACUCCUUCUGCCUGCGCUGCCUGCCCGAGCCGGAGCGCCAGCUCAGCGUGCCCAUCCCGGGGGGCAGCAACGGCGACAUCCAGCAAGUUGGUGUAAUACGGUGCCCAGUAUGCCGCCAAGAAUGCAGACAGAUAGACCUUGUGGAUAAUUAUUUUGUGAAAGAUACAUCUGAAGCUCCUAGCAGUUCUGAUGAGAAAUCAGAACAGGUAUGUACUAGUUGUGAAGACAAUGCAAGUGCAGUUGGCUUUUGUGUAGAAUGUGGAGAGUGGCUAUGUAAGACAUGUAUUGAAGCACAUCAAAGAGUAAAAUUCACUAAAGAUCACUUGAUCAGGAAGAAGGAAGAUGUCUCAGAAUCUGUUGGAGCAUCUGGUCAGCGCCCUGUUUUCUGCCCUGUACACAAACAAGAACAAUUGAAGCUUUUCUGUGAAACAUGUGAUAGAUUGACAUGUAGAGACUGUCAGCUAUUGGAACACAAAGAACAUAGAUACCAGUUUUUGGAAGAAGCUUUUCAAAACCAGAAAGGUGCAAUUGAGAAUCUACUGGCUAAGCUUCUUGAGAAGAAGAAUUAUGUUCAUUUUGCAGCUACUCAGGUGCAGAAUAGGAUAAAAGAAGUAAAUGAGACUAACAAACGAGUAGAACAGGAAAUUAAAGUGGCCAUUUUCACCCUUAUCAAUGAAAUUAAUAAGAAAGGAAAAUCUCUCUUACAACAGCUAGAGAAUGUUACAAAAGAAAGACAGAUGAAGUUACUGCAGCAGCAGAACGACAUCACGGGCCUCUCCCGGCAGGUGAAGCAUGUUAUGAACUUUACAAACUGGGCAAUUGCGAGUGGCAGCAGCACAGCACUACUGUACAGCAAGCGACUGAUUACUUUUCAGUUGCGCCAUAUUUUGAAAGCACGGUGUGAUCCUGUGCCUGCUGCUAAUGGAGCAAUUCGUUUCCAUUGUGAUCCCACCUUCUGGGCAAAGAAUGUAGUCAAUUUAGGUAAUCUAGUAAUAGAGAGUAAACCAGCUCCUGGUUAUACUCCUAAUGUUGUAGUUGGGCAAGUUCCUCCAGGGACAAACCACAUUAGUAAAACCCCUGGACAGAUUAACUUAGCACAGCUUCGACUCCAGCACAUGCAACAACAAGUGUAUGCACAGAAACAUCAGCAGUUGCAACAGAUGAGAAUGCAGCAACCACCUGCACCUGUAUCAACAACAACAACAACAACACAGCAGCACCCUAGACAAGCAGCCCCACAGAUGUUACAGCAACAGCCUCCGAGAUUGAUCAGUGUGCAAACAAUGCAAAGAGGCAACAUGAACUGUGGAGCUUUCCAAGCCCAUCAGAUGAGAUUGGCUCAGAAUGCUGCCCGAAUACCAGGGAUACCCAGGCACAGCGGCCCUCAGUAUUCCAUGAUGCAGCCACACCUCCAAAGACAACACUCAAACCCAGGGCAUGCUGGACCCUUUCCUGUUGUGUCGGUGCACAACACCACAAUCAAUCCAACCAGCCCUACUACAGCUACGAUGGCAAAUGCAAAUCGAGGUCCCACGAGCCCAUCUGUUACAGCAAUAGAGCUAAUCCCCUCAGUCACCAAUCCUGAAAACCUUCCAUCACUGCCAGAUAUUCCACCCAUACAGUUGGAAGAUGCUGGUUCAAGUAGUUUAGAUAAUCUACUAAGUAGAUACAUCUCAGGCAGUCACCUACCCCCACAGCCUACAAGCACCAUGAAUCCCUCCCCAGGACCCUCUGCCCUGUCUCCAGGAUCAUCAGGUUUAUCCAAUUCUCACACACCUGUGAGACCCCCUAGUACCUCUAGUACUGGCAGUCGAGGCAGCUGUGGGUCAUCAGGAAGAACUGCUGAGAAGACAAGUCUUAGUUUUAAGUCUGAUCAAGUGAAGGUCAAGCAAGAACCUGGGACUGAAGAUGAAAUAUGUAGCUUUUCAGGAGCUGUUAAACAAGAAAAGACAGAGGAUGGCAGGAGGAGUGCCUGCAUGUUGAGCAGUCCUGAGAGUAGCUUGACACCACCUCUUUCAACCAACCUGCAUCUAGAGAGUGAGUUGGAUGCAUUAGCAAGCCUGGAAAACCAUGUGAAAACUGAACCUGCAGAUACAAAUGAAAGCUGCAAACAGUCAGGGCUCAGCAGUCUUGUUAAUGGAAAGUCCCCAAUUCGAAGCCUCGUACACAGGUCAUCAAGGAUUGGAGGAGAUGGCAAUAGCAAAGAUGAUGACCCAAAUGAAGACUGGUGUGCUGUCUGCCAAAAUGGAGGGGAUCUGUUAUGCUGUGAAAAAUGUCCAAAGGUCUUUCAUCUAACUUGUCAUGUUCCAACGCUUCUUAGCUUUCCAAGUGGGGAAUGGAUAUGCACAUUUUGCAGAGAUAUUGGGAAACCAGAAGUUGAAUAUGAUUGUGAUAAUUUGCAACAUAGUAAGAAGGGGAAAACUGCACAAGGGUUAAGCCCUGUGGACCAAAGGAAAUGUGAACGUCUUCUGCUUUACCUCUAUUGCCAUGAAUUAAGUAUUGAAUUCCAGGAGCCAGUUCCUGCUUCGAUACCAAACUACUAUAAAAUUAUAAAGAAACCAAUGGAUUUAUCCACCGUGAAAAAGAAGCUUCAGAAAAAACAUUCCCAACACUACCAAAUCCCAGAUGACUUUGUGGCUGAUGUCCGUUUGAUCUUCAAGAACUGUGAAAGGUUUAAUGAAAUGAUGAAAGUUGUUCAAGUUUAUGCAGAAACACAAGAGAUUAAUUUGAAGGUCAUGCAGAACUAUGGCCAUGAAUAACCAAGUGAAAUAUCAGAAUGGAACUUCAAAUUGUUACCUUUCUGGAUGCAUUUUGUGUAGUGGAAAAAUCGAGUUUUGGCCAUUGGGCCACAUGAACCCUUUGGUUUGAACUGGUAAACUUUGUUUAACCAGUUACCUGUGUGAACUCUGAGUUUCACUUUAUUUGUCAAAUUAGGAUAGCUAUAUCUAGCUCCUGGAAUGAAUAUGGACAAGAGGUCAUUUAUAGCACAAGGUUGACAAAUGGUAAGUUGUGAUAAGGAAACAUACAGUUUCCUUUUUUUCCCCUAUUUCCUCUUCCUGCUAUUGCCAUGAAAAGGGGCAAGUUAGAAAUGUAGUUUCUCCUUUUUUACUAAUGAGAUGAGAAAAAAUGUAGAUGCAGGGCCCCAAGGCUUUAAUAUCUGUCCUCAACUCUUAAAUAUUUAGCUUGUCCUUCACUUAUUUGAGACUUGAGUUCUAAACUCCAACAAACACCCAAAUUGGCCCCUACAUUUUUAAGAUAAUACUUGCAAAAAUGAAUUGGUAGGAUAAAACACCUAAUCCAAGGUUUUGUCUCAAGCUUCCCCUUUUCAUGGCCUUAGGUGGUGGUAAAUAUGUCACUAUUCUUUCAUUUAUAAAGUUGUUACUGUUGAUCUGGAAAGGCAAUAUAUAGUGACCUCUGUUACUGACAAUAUGGUAGACUGACUGCAUGCACUGAGGAACCCUCCUAAUGGUAUAAAACAUCUGAAAUGCUGGAUAAGAUUGAUUUUUAAAAAUCUUUAAAUGUAUUGCUGAGCUAGCGAGGAAGAUACUCAAAGCUGUAGCUUAAGCCCUGGGGUUUUUUUUGUUUUUUGUUUUUUCCUUUGAUUUUUGGUUUUUCUUUUUUUUUGUAAGCGAGUGUCUGGCUUAAGCUUUGAUUGCCAAGGCAUCCACUUCAAAGACAACUUUCUGACUAAACACAUUGCCAGCCACACAACUAGAUAAAGAGCCAGGCCUCCUUUCCCCAAGGAGGCUCCUUUGAUUUACAAAUCUUGGUUGAUUUCAGUAAGUGACCAUUUGAACCACUUGUCUUUUCCACACUUUAAAUAAUUCCCAUUCUCUUGUUUUAAAUUCACCAAUAAGGAGUGAGCCCAUGAAACCCUAGACCUACCGCCAACCUCAGUAAACAUGGAACCCCUGGUCCUGUGUGUGUGUCUCCCCCUGCAUCCCCCCCACCCCACCCCCAUCUCCCUCUGCAACCUUGCUAUGUGGGCCCAGGUGUACUGUGUAAUUUCCAGGUCUUGUAAGUCAUAAACCUUUAUUUCUUCAGUUUCCUGAUGGUUGUUGCUGAAGUGUCUUGCAAUCAUAAUAAGAACCACAGAGGCCCAUCCAGCCACAGCAUUAGUUAUUGGUAGAUUGAGACCAGUACAAAACAAAGCUCCACUUCAUCACCUGUAGCAUUUUAACCAAAAAUAUUUGACAGUCUAAUCAUAUGAAACAAUUAGACAAAAGUGCAAUGUAGGACAUUUACAAAUAUGUCUGGUGUGAAUUUUUAAAGUAACUGUUGUGUCAAAGAGGUGGGGAGACUGUUAACAGAUCAAAAAACAACAUGUAAUGGGAGCACUUGGGUGGCACAGUCAGUUAAGCGUCAGACUCUUGGUUUUGGCUCAGGUCAUGAUCUCAGGGUUGUGAGACAUCAGCUCUGCACUCAGUGUGGAGUCUGCUUGGCUUUAUCCAUUUCUCUCUGUACCCACCCCCAUGCGCUCUCUCUGUCUCUCUAAAAUAUAUUUUUUUUAAAAAUCGUGUAAUGCAUUAACUUAGAUUUGAUCUUGAAUUAAAUAAACCUAGCAAUCAAAGCCAUUUUAGAGACAUUUGUGGAGAUUUGUAUAUGAAUUCUUAAUGAUAUGGAAUGUUUAAUUUUCUUAGGUGACAGUCACUUUUUCCUUAUACAGAAGAAUGUCCUUUUUCUUAGGAAAUGCAUGCUGAAAUAUCUAGGAAUAAAGUGUCAUACUACUUUCAAAUGGUUAGGCCAAUGGGUGUGUGUGUAAAAUAGAUAUAUGAGAUCAUGUGAAUGUGGCAGAAUAACAACUGGCAAAUCUUAGUGAAAAGUAGAUGGGGUGUUUAUUAUUUCAAAUUUUUGAAGACUUCACAAAGUUUUCAAAAUAAGGUUUAGCGGGGUGGAACAAAAAGCGUGAAUCCAAAGAAGUACUGAAAAAGUUGCUCCAAAGGCUCUGCCAAUCCUUGUGUCCUAAAGACUUUGGAAUGGGCUAAGCUUUAAAAGGGAGACAGAGCAUAGGGCCAACAUAAGGGUGGGGUCAGAGUGAGAUACUCUUCCAAAACCUGGUCCCUCAAAAUAUGAUACACUCAGUGAAAGAAUGAGCCAGAAUAGCCUACCUGAGGAGAGGAGAGAAAGAAAACUGGGUGGGGGGAAGUGGGGAAAAAAAACCCCUACCCUUAGAAUUGGUGUCUACAAGCUGACACUUAAAAUGGUUUUGGAAUCGGACUUAAACUACCUAUGUCAUCAGAAAAACUAAGACUUAAAGUGGUAUCAGGUUAGAAGUGUUUUCCAGGCACUUAAACAAGUGUUAAUAUAACUCUUUCAAGGAAAGCACUUCAAACCCAAUCUUGAAGAAUUUUCAUAGUGUUAUAAUAAUCUUGGACUCAUUCAAAGUCACAAAAAUGAGAAACAAGUCAUUAUUAAAAAAUUAGGAGAAAGCAGAAUCUGGCCUGUAAUGAUUGCAGACAUUGGAAUUAUUGGAUGAGUGUAUUCAGACAUUGAAAAGAUUUUAGUAUCUCUAAAAUUGGGAUGGCAUUGUAGUAUAUUUGGCUAUGUUACUGGUAUAAAAAGUCGUGUAUCCUUUGAUACUUGAUGGCUUAGAUUCAUUGAAAUACAAAAUGCAUAAGGAAUAGAAGAAUGUCCAAAAAUUGAGCAAGAAUGAGAGACUAUUAAAAAUCGUGGAGGUGGGGAUAACAGGUGCAUGGGAAGAAAAAUGAUCAGAUUUGAGAACAAAACAUCUAGACAAAAACAUACAGAUAAAAGAAGACCAAGAUGAAGAAAUUACACAGUGCAGUGCAGUACAGAGAGAAUGUGUGAAGAAGUUAAAGGUCACCAAGAGCAUAUGGUAAAGGCCAAAGGACAUCUUAUAGAGUACCAGAAGGAUGAUACAGAGAAUGGUUAGGGAUGAUAUUUGAGGGUAUUUUGGUAGUUUGGCUGAGAACUUUCCACAUUUGCUUAAAGUCCUACAACAAUGAAAACCAGAAGACAGUAGGAUAUUUUUAGAUAGAGGAAGCUGUCAAUCUAGAAUUUUGUACCCAACAAAACUACCAAGAAAGAAGGACAAGGUCAUUUUGGAUAAAAAGUGAGAACUUACUAGUAACAUAUCUUCAUUAAAUGAACUCCUGGUUUAUUCCUGGAAAAAGAAAACAAAGUUCUAAGACACAAGAAGGGAUGGUGAUCAAGGAAAAUGGUUAAUGAAUGAGGGUAAACUAAACUUUUUAAAACAAUUUUUGAGUUAAAAAGUGAACCAGAUGACACCCAGCAUGACAGUGUGAUUCUGCUUCCCUGCUUCCAGGGAAAGUGGUGAAAAUUUAGAAAACAAAACGUGAAGCCUCUGGAAAUGGACCUAUGAAAAACAGCAAAUGAAGAAACAUCUGUGCAAACAGCAGGUGAUUAAGUAACAUCUUUUUAAGAAAACCUAUGAAAAUUCUGUAGGGAUGGUGACAUUUGAAUCAAGGCUUCUCUCUAGCUCCUUACUCCAGCUCAGCAAUGUGGAGACUCCAGACUGCUACAGCUAAAAUCACAAAGCUUCGUCUUUCUCAACUCCCAGUUGAAGGGCUGUCUUCCUGGGAAAAGCAAGACAUCAGUCUUUCUCAUCCUGUCCCAGGUAGCUGUGGUGAAGUUUGAAGUGAGUGUGGUUGAGAAGUGUGUGUGUCUGGGGGCUCUUAUUCUGUUCAGCCCCCGCUCAGAGAAUGGAGGCUCUACCUUGGGUGUAGCAUGCUUAGAAUUACUCGGGACACUGACCACCUUUGCCCUAGCACAUGAGGUGGUAGUUCCAUACCAGGAGAGACAAGCGAGAAGGCCUCAGGCUGCUUCCCCUCUUCCUCCACUGAGCACUUAGGGAUGUCACUCAGAAGUUUCACAUUGUUCCAGCUAAGCCCUGGCUUUGAGAUUUUAACUUGAGAAAGAGGCACUUUAUGAAGCUGAUAGCCCCUAAUCUCUUUCAAAAGGAUAGACUUCAGUUGUAAGAGCAUGGCCAAAUUCAAACAUGAGGGCACAGCACUGGAGGUUGUGACAAAAGGCAACUAAAGAGAGAUUCAAGAUAACAAUCUAAACUGUAGGUUCGCUAGUUUGCAGGAGAGAACUGGGAAAUAAGCCCAAGGGAGCCAUACUGGAAUUAUAAGACUAACACACAGAUCUCAGUAACUAUGCAUUUAAAGGAGCCAGAAUAUGAUUGGAUUAGUUUAUAGACCAAUUUAUGCCCAACAGCAUUGUUGAAAACAAUAUAGCAGCUGGCAAUUAUGGGAGUUUAACAGCUGGCCUGGUCAAAAAAAUAAUACGGGAGCCCUAUCAAACCCACCGUCAUCCCAGGGAAAUUUACCCAAAGUUAUGCCUUCUCAGAAAGAAACAUUAGAGGCUUAAUGCUGGGAGAGAGGAGGGAGUACACUUGACUAAAACAAUUCAGCCAGUCACUAUAAACAAUUAACAAUGCCUGUCACUUGGGGUGGAGGAGGGGAAGGACCAGCUGCUACGUUAUCUAAAAUCUCCAUUCCCCAACAAAUACUCAUUUAAAGAAAUACAAAAGUAUAACUAAUAUGCUGGAAAUAAAGCAGGCAAUAGAAAUAUGAGAAAAACUUGAAAGUAGUCACUAUAAACAUGUUCCCAGAACUAAAGAAAACCAUGGUUAAAAAGUAAAUGAAGGUAUGAUGUCAAUGUCACAUCUAAUGGAGAAUAUAUCAAUAAAGAGAUUGAUAUUAAAAAGAGCCCAGUGAAAAUUCUGGAGUUGAGGGAUGCCUGAGUGGCUCAGUCAGUUAAGUGUCUGCCUUCAGGUUGGGUCAUGAUCCCAGGGUCCUGGGAUCAAGUCCCACACUGGGCUCUUUCCUCAGUGGGGAGCCUGCUUCUCCCUUUGCCUGCUGCUCACCCUGCUUGCGCUCUCUCUGACAGACAAAAUCUUAAAAAAAAAAAAAAAAAAAAAUCGAGUUGAAAUGUAUAACAAAAAAUUCACCAGAGAGACUGAACAGUAGACUUGAGCUGGCAGAAGAAAGCAUAAACAAACUUGAAAAUAGAUCAGUAGAGAAAAAGAAAUGGAGAAAAAUGAACACAGCUUCAGAGAAAUGUGGGAUGUCAUUCAGGCACACUCUGACACAUGCAUAAUGGGAGUAGCAGAAGGAGAGGAGAAAAAGAAGUAAAAAUAUUCAAAGACAGAUGAAAAAUUCCCCAA